AUGAGGGUGCAAAUCCUGGGAGAUAUAAAGGGAUAUGAAGAACCUGAAGAAGGAAGGGCAAGUAUUUAUAAGUCAGUGAUCCUCAACGCUUCGAAGGAGAUGAUGUGCUUCAGUGACUAUCCCAUCCCAGAUCACUAUCCUAACUUCAUGCACAACUCCCAGGUCCUGGAGUAUUUCAGGAUGUAUGCCAAAGAAUUUGACCUUCCAAAGUACAUUCAAUGUAAGACCACUGUGUGCAGUGUGAAGAAGCAGCCUGAUUUCCCCACUUCAGGCCAGUGGGAGGUGGUCACGGAAUCUGAAGGGAAAAAGGAGAUGCAUGUCUUAGAUGCAGUUAUGGUUUGCACUGGCCAUCACACCUAUGCUCACUUACCCUUGGAAAGCUUCCCUGGAAUUGAGAAGUUCAAAGGACAAUACUUCCAUAGUCGAGAUUAUAAGGAUCCAGAGAGUUUCACUGGAAAGAGAGUCAUUGUAAUUGGCAUUGGGAAUUCUGGAGGGGACCUGGCAGUGGAAAUUAGCCACAGGGCCAAACAGGUUUUCCUCAGUACCAGAAGAGGGGCUUGGAUCGUCAAUCGUGUAGGAGACUAUGGAUAUCCUUCUGAUAUAGUUUUCUUAACUCGAUUUAAUCUUUUGCUGAAGAAGAUUGUUGGUGAAUCAGCAGCAAAUAGACAUUUGGAAAAAAAGAUUAACCAAAGGUUUAAUCAUGAAAUGUUUGGCCUGAAGCCUAAACACAGAGUUUUCAGUCAGCAUCCAACAGUAAAUGAUGACCUGCCAAACCGUAUAAUUUCUGGCUUUGUGAAGGUGAAAACAAAUGUGAAGGAAUUCACAGAGACAGCAGCCAUAUUUGAGGACGGCUCCAGGGAGGAUGACAUUGACGCUGUUAUCUUUGCUACAGGCUAUAGCUUUGCAUUUCCUUUUCUUGAAGAUUCUGUCAAAGUAGUCAAAAACAAGGUAUCCCUGUAUAAAAAGGUCUUCCCUCCUAACCUUGAAAAGCCAACUCUUGCAGUCAUAGGCUUGAUCCAGCCCUUGGGUGCCAUUAUGCCCAUUUCAGAGCUCCAAGGACGCUGGGCCACUCAAGUAUUUAAAGGGUUAAAGACAUUGCCCCCAAAAGGUGAAAUGAUGACAGAAAUAGCUAAGGGUCACGAAGCUAUGGCAAAACAGUUUGUGGAAAGCCAACGCCAUACCAUUCAGGCAGACUAUAUAAGUACCAUGGAUGAGCUUGCUGAUCUGGUGGGCGUCAAGCCCAAUCUGCUGUCCCCGGCCUUCACUGACCCCAAACUAGCAUUCCAGUUAUUUUGGGGACCCUGUACUCCAAUGCAGUAUCGUCUACAGGGUCCUGGAAAGUGGGAUAGAGCUCGGAAAGUGAUCCUCACCACAGAAGAUCGUAUCAGGAAGCCACUAAUGACAAGAAUAGUUGAAACCGAUAAUUCCAAGACUUCGACAAUAACAAUGGCCAAGUUUAUGUUGGCUGUUGUUUUCUUUGCUAUGAUUAUAACCUAUCUGUAGCUGUUCCAUUGUCAUGGUCCCAGUUUUCUUUGAAAGCUGAAUCUGCAGAUGCCUUUGGAGCCUGACAAGAUUCAACAAUGUUCAUUGUCCAAAAAGAGAUCUUUCAUAUUGUCCAGAAAUCUACUUUUCUUUCUCUUUCCAAAGCAUUCAUUCUUUUUCCUCUUUUCCCUACAGUGAAAUCUCAGCAUUUCAUUUGUAUUGACUUACUUCCCUUAUUCUUAUGACUCAUUACAUUUUCCUUCCAGUCAUUCCUGGACCAUGAGCUUAGAUACUCUUUUAGUCAUCUUUGUUUCUCCUUAGCAGAAUUCCUGGCAUGUGGCAGGUGCUUAAUAAAUGU